GAAAUGAUUCUCAGCCCAGGCUGCUGAAUAACCUGAAUCCUUCGCGCGAAAUGAUAGAUUACUAUAAUAAUCAACGUGCGCUGGCGGCGUGGGAACAUAUCCACACGUUCUACUUCUACUCCCUGAUUCCCUUUCUCGACUCUUGGACGCUCUCUCACCCCAUUGUCAACUCAAUUUCGCAAUGAGGUUUCCGACAUUGCUCGUGGUGAUUUUUGCCAGCAUCACCGGUCGGUGCUGCGGCUACAGGCCCGCCAAGAUAGAUAAUCUCAUUGUUUUCGGCGAUAGCUACUCGGACGAAGGCCGAUUGGCCUACUUUUUCGCUCACAACAACACCGCACCACCCGUGGGCCUUUACAUCCCGGAAUCGAACGUGACAGCGAGCGGCGGGAAAAGCUGGCCGCAACUUGCCUCUAAGAAACUUGGGGCCACGACGUUUAAUUAUGCGGUAACCGGCGCUGUAUGCACUGAUAUCUUUCCGGACACGCUGCCCUCCGUCAAGGAGUAUGAGGUGGAGGCUUUCGCGGCCGACACGUCCUACGUCAAUCCCGCCACGGGCAAUAACACGUUGUACAAGAACCGGCAGCCGGACAAUACCGUGUACACUCUGUGGAUUGGCGCUAACGAUCUCGGCGUCGGCGGGUUCCUCACAGAUUCGCAAGAGCCUGCCGGUAGCACUAUCAGCGAUCUCAUAGAGUGCGUGUGGCCAACCUUCGACCUCAUCUACAAGCUGGGCGGGCGCAGGUUCGUGCUCUUCACCGAAGUGCCCCUGAACCUGGCGCCGCUGUACCGGACGCCGGAGCACGGCGGCUCAGGCGACGUGCCCCGCUGGCCCGACAAGCUGGCGCACAACACGACGGAGUACGAGCAGAAGAUCCUGGAGUACACGACGCUGGUCAACAAGAUCUUCGCGUACGGCGUCCCGCUGCAGCAGUACGUCCAGCGGCGGUGGCCCGGCUCCGAGUUCAGCCUCUUCGACACGCACCAGCUCAUCGAGGACAUCUACGCCGCGCCCAACAAGUAUCUGGACGCGCCCGCGAAUGCCACCGGGUACUAUGCGCAGUGCGCCAACCCCAUGGACAUAGCACACACGGACUGCACGUUCUCGUCAAACCCGUUGUCGAGUUUCUUAUGGUUCGACGAACUUCACUUGUCGCCCAAAGCUCAUGAGUACAUCGCCACGGAAUUUGUCAACGUCUUGAAUAGGACAUCCAAAUACGGUCUCUACUACUAGGACCUAUCUUACAUACUAUCUUAAUUAUGGACAUACACACUCUAUAUAUAUAUAGGUACAUAUCUAUUCGACUUACUGGACAGCCAUUUAUAUAUAUCACUAUUUGUAUAUAGUGCAGGAAAUAUCUCACUGCUGCCGAUUUACUACCUGCCUAGUUAGGAGGAAGGUUUCUUGGAAACCGGCUGGAUAUAAAUGUAAUUAAGGACAUAAUAAUUCCCUGCCUACCUACCUAAAGGUACUUCUCACUUAAUGAAAGAAAUUUCAACCCACA